AAAAAAAAAAAGAAAAAUCACUGCCGGAAAACAAGUUGCUGAGUCGACUCAGAUUCAACUCGGAAAGAGUGAUGUUUGAUGAAAUUGACUUCCCAAGCUAUGAAUUCAUGGACUUUUUCCGAGCUAGUGGCUGCAUUUCUUGAUCUUUCAAUUGCCUAUUGUUUGCUUUGCGCAUCGGCUUUUGCGUUUUUCGCCUCGCGGUUUCUGGCCUUGUUUGGGUUGUGCCUGCCAUGUCCAUGUGAUGGACUAUUUUGGAACCCCAGAAACAACAGCAAUAGGCAACUAGUGGAUUGCCCUUAUGAAAAAAUAUCUUCGGUUUACUUCUCUGUGAAGAGCAAGUUCCCAUUCGAUUCAGUAUUGGGCGGCGAUGAGCAGAAUGGAAACUCGCAUUUGAAGUUGGAGAAUGAGGGAAAUCAUGGUGAAAAUGGGGAAUGCGGGACGUCUAGUAGCUCCUCUCCGGGGACUCGGUUCCACGAUUUGGUUGAGACGGAUGUGAAACGUAAAACAGGUGCUGAGUUUGGCGCGGUGAAUUUUGAAGGUUCGAAGGAAGAAGAGUACGGAGCUGAAGGUCAGAGGGUUGUGGAGCAGAGGCCAAGACAUGGUCUGCGGCGUCGUCGCAAGGGAGGAGGCUCUGUUAAUUAUGGAAAAGCGUCCUUUGUUUCGUCGUAUGACACAUUGCAGUCAGAUGCGCGGAACAUUCCUCAGUCUCCUCCCAGCAUCAGCAAAAUGGGGAAUGAGGUUUCUGAAGACCCUAAUGAUUAUGGCGAUGACAGAGAAGCUAUAACAGCUUUUGGGUCUCUUGAAGGAGUUUCACUUGGUCUCGCAUCAAAUAAUUCUAAUGAUGACUGUAAACACGCCGAAAGAGAAGCGGUAUCAAUUGAAGAAUUAGGGCGUGGCACACAAGGGGAUUUUGAGCUUGACAAAAAUGAGAAAAAUAUGAUUAGACUGUUGGAACAAGCACUAGAAGAAGAGCAUGCUGCUUGUUCUGCUCUAUAUCUUGAACUUGAGAAAGAGAGAAGUGCUGCUGCUAGUGCUGCAGAUGAGGCCAUGGCCAUGAUUUUGCGCCUACAAAAGGAAAAGGCUUCAAUAGAGAUGGAGGCAAAGCAAUAUCAGAGGAUGAUAGAGGCAAAAGCUGCUUAUGAUGCUGAGGAAAUGAACAUUCUCAAAGAGAUUUUACUUAGGAGAGAAAGAGAAAAGCAUUUCUUGGAGAAGGAAGUUGAAGCAUGUAGACAAAUGAUUGUGGGAAAUGCUCAAUCUGAUUCUGACGCGCAAGAUGUUGCUGAUUUGCAAGAGCUGACAAAUUCUGCUAUUUAUUCAGGAGAGGACCCAAUCUUGUUGCUGCAACAGUUAAAUGAAUCCAUCGAGAAGCCAAAGUUGAAAGUUGCAAAUAGUUCUUCAUAUUAUGAGGCAUCAUCAGUUGAGACUCGGAAUUAUACUCUUGCUUUGGGGAAAGAGUUGGCAAUUCCUGAACUGGCUGAAGAUGAUGAUGCUUUAGUUGAUAUGCAGGAGCAUCCGAGUAGUGACGGACAUCCACAUUUCUUAAGUGGAAAUGAGUUCAAUCAUGAGUGUAAAGAAAAAGGUGUGGUAAAGGAGGUGCCCAGAUGGGAGGAAGAUUUUAAAUAUUACGAGUUAAGUACUCCUAAAGGACUUGAUAUGCUUGAGACAUCUGUCACCCCAUUUGUUGAAGACCCGGAUCAAAUUGGCAGCACGAGUUUAUGUGUAGACUUUGCUUCAAAGGCAUCUGACAUACCGUAUCGCGAAAGCAAAGAUCCACCUAACUUGGUUUUUGAUGGAGAGUCUCAUGUUUAUGAUGUUCAUGUCAUUGAUCAUAAAUCUAAGACGUUGAAUGCUGUGAGUGUGAAAAAUGAACGGCAGUCUGUAAGUGCUCCAUCAAACGUUCCUAAAAAUUGUGGCAGUCCAUCUUUGAGUACUCAUUAUGAGAUGAACAGAAGUAGUUCGGACAUAACUAGUGGAUUACCUCCGACAGGCUUCUCUCAAGAAAAAGCUGUACUUACUGAUUGUCGAAGAAAUUCCAUGUCUGCGGUUGAUUAUGAGAAGUUGAAAAUUGAAAAUGAAGUUGAGUGGCUAAGGGAAAGGUUAAGGAUAGUGCAAAAGGGAAGGGAGAAACUCAACUUCUCUGUGGGGCAUAGGGAAAGGGAAAAACUCCAGUUGCAACUUUUGGAGGACAUAGCCAGCCAGCUUCGAGAGAUUCGACAGUUAAAUGAGCCUGGAAAAGCUGAGCGUCAGGCUUCAUUACCCCCUACAUAUUCCAAGGUUACAUCCAAAAAAAGACGCUGGCGAAAUGCAUCUCUAGGAAUUCAUAGAAGUACUUAAAUUAAGGUAAAAGAGCUCAACGUUGGAUCAAGGUACAAAAGCUAGUUACGCAAGUAAAUUUUACGCUCCCUUUUAUACGCUACAAUGGAAGGUUGGUAGUCCGUUUUUUGUAGAUCCGGUGGCGUUGCUGGUUACUCUUGCAGAAACAUAUCAGCUUCUCGACUCUCUUGACACACAAGUUGCAAGGACAUCUGAAAAAGUAAGUAGAGAAAGGACGAUAGCAGAACUGUCGCAGAACCUAUGUUUCAUUUGUUUUCCCGUCUCCGAACUGAUAUGGAUCCGCUAAAUGGAUCAUAUGUUUGUGUUUUUGACAAUGCUUUUAGCAGUGUAGCAACCACGUGAGAAAGUAAAUCUUGGACAAUAGUUUCCUUGUCACUCAAGAAAUAAAAAGAUCUAUGAC